AUUUACCCUGCACUCAAAUUGCUUCUUCAUGCUGAAAAAUGAUGUUCCCACAACAGAGAUCGACGUCAUGGUACCAAAAAUGUCGAAGGUCUUCACAGCGGACACCCUGCAGCGGGUGGCCUGCCACCCCCCACGUGGCAGACCCGAGCCCGAGGUGUGGUGGGAGAGGGGGGGUCAGCGGGUGCCCACGGAGGGCAGGGUGUACCAGGACGGCCUGAAUCUGGUCUUCCGUCCCACUGAGGGAGGGGACUCGGGCACAUACACCUGCGUGGCCCAGAACAGGGCGGGACGCAGGACCCAGGAGGUCACCUUCACCGUGGCCACUGCCCCAGAGUGGGUGCUGAGGCCUCAGGACAGCCAGCUAGAGGAGGGUAAACCCGGCUACCUUCACUGCCACGCUCAGGCCAACCCUGAACCUGAGGUCACAUGGCUCCGAAACAACAUCUUGCUCACACCAGAGGACUCUCGUUUCAAGCUGUUCCCUAACGGCACCCUCAGGAUAAACAACGUGGAGGUGUACGACCAGCAGAUGUACGGCUGUGAAACGAAGACGGAGGGCGGCCGACUCUCUGGGCAGGCGCGCGUUUUUGUGCUCGAGAAGCUGAAGUUCACCCCCACCCCCCAGCCUUCUCAGUGCCUGGAGCUGGACAACGAGAUCACCAUCCAGUGCUCGGCUAAAGGCAGAGAGACCCCCACCAUCCGCUGGACCAAAGCAGACGGAGGAGAGCUGCCUCCUCGGGUGGAGCAGAGGAACGGCCAGCUCCACUUCACCAAAGUCACCCGCAGCGACGCCGGAAACUACACCUGCAUCGCCUCCAACAGCCUGCAGGGGGAGAUCAGGGCCCUGGUGACCCUCAUAGUGGCCGUGUACAUUCGCUUUAAGUUGGAGCCAGAGAAUACCACGGUGUACCAGGGCCACACUGCCAUCCUGCACUGCCAGGCCACCGGAGACCCCGAGCCCCACAUCCACUGGAUGGUCAAAGACAAGACGCUGGACAUCAGUAAGAACAGGAGGUUCCAGACGAUGCCAAAUGGCUCCCUAGUGAUUACAGAUGUGACUACAGAUGACACGGGCAGAUACACAUGUGUGGCGGGAAACAGCUGCAGCAUCAAAGACCGCGUGGCUCAGCUUUAUGUAGUGGAAAAACCUAUGCAUAACUUUGACGAAGUGGAGGACAAGGCUCCCUACAAGAUGAUCCAGACCAUCGGCCUGUCGGUGGGAGCAGCCGUGGCUUACAUCAUCGUCGUGCUGGGACUCAUGUUCUACUGCAAAAAGAGACGCAACGCCAAAAGGCUGGACAAAGGCCAAGACGGAGAGGAGCCUGAGAUGGAGUGUCUCAACGGGGGUGCCAUUCAACAAAAUGGCCACACCACUGCUGAGAUCCAGGAAGAAGUGGCACUCACCAACAUGGGUACCAUAGCAACAACGGAGAAACGCCACAGCCAUGUGAACAACGAUAAGCUCCACUUUCCCCGAGCAAACCUACAAACCAUCACAACUUUAGGCAAAGGGGAGUUUGGCGAGGUGCUGCUGUGCAAAGCUAAGGGUAUGGAGGAGAGCGAGGAGGAGACGGUGGUGCUGGUGAAGAGCCUGCAGAGCAGAGACGAGCAGCUGCAGCUGGACUUCCGCCGUGAGGCAGAGAUGUUCGCCAAGCUCAGCCACGCCAACGUGGUGCGGUUGCUGGGGCUCUGCAGGGAGGCCGAGCCGCACUACAUGAUCCUGGAGUACUACGACCUGGGAGACCUCAAGCAGUUCCUGAGAAUUUCCAAAAGCAAAGAUGACAAGGUCAAAUCUCAGCCAAUCAGCACCAAGACCAAAGUUUCCAUCUGUGCCCAGGUGGCUCAUGGGAUGGAGCAUCUGUCCAAUCACCGCUUCGUUCACAAAGACCUCGCCACCCGAAACUGCAUGAUCAACAGUCAGCGGCGCGUCAAAGUGUCCGCGCUGAGCCUCAGCAAGGACGUCUACAACAGUGAGUACUAUCACUACAGGCAGGCAUGGAUCCCGCUGCGCUGGCUCCCCUCAGAGUCUGUGUUUGAAGACGAUUUCUCCACCAAGUCUGACAUGUGGGCCUUCGGAGUGUUGAUGUGGGAGGUGUUCAGUCACGGGGAGAUGCCAUAUACCAAACUCAGCGACGACGAGGUGCUGGAAGGUCUGCAGACAGGGAAGCUGAAGCUGCCCCUGCCUGACGGAUGUCCCUCCAAAAUCUACAAACUCAUGGCCCGCUGCUGGGCGCUCAGCCUGAAGGAGCGCCCCUCCUUCACUGAAAUCGUCCACGCGCUGGGAGAGCAGCCCUCUGACAGCAAGGUCUGAGAAGACCCUCACCAACCCUGACCUCCUUUCUUUAAAAAAAAUAAAGACAGGAAUGCUGGAAUAUUAGUCUCACACAUUUCAGGGAAGUGGGUUGAGGAGAAGAAACUUUUUUAAUAUGCAUUUCAAACAGCGGGCGUGUGGAUCAGACUCCUUUAUUCUACAGCAGUGGAAACACACUCACGUCUGUGUGAGCGGGUUCUCGUGAGCAGUGACGGGAGUUUGCCUUAACGCGGCAAGGACGACCCCCCCCCUCCCCAGCCAAGCUGUGGCUCCACUGCAACCCCGCCUGCCGCUCUGUCCCAGAGUUUCACAGAGCCUCACAACCUCAGUGCCUCUACUCCACCCCCCCCCUCCCACACACACCCAGACCGCUUUGUAGUACGUUACAGCGCUCUAACUGGCUCCAUCAACAGGAAUCAUUGUUGGACGUUUAUGAAACCCCCCCUUGAAAAUUAGGUUCACUGCUCUGUCUAGGAUGAAAGAAUAUUGAAGGAAAAGUGGGACUUCAGUGAAGCGUUUCUACUUGAACCUAAAAUCCAGCUUCUAUCCCCCCCCAAAAUGUGUGUGUGUGUGUGUGUGCGUGCCACUGAACUGUUCCCAUGCUACAGUGUACGUACGUUCAAAGAAGAAGAAGUGGAACAAGGUUUGCAUGAAGGUCCGUCGGCUGUUACGCUUAUAAUUUUGCGACGUGAGGAGACUUGUGGAAAAAGAAAUCUGUGUUAUGGUAACACUUCAGGAACAUGAAAAAGAAAAGAUCAAGUUUACAGCCAAGGAAUAUAUUGAAUAGAUGAGAUUGUGGGAGUUUUAUGAGUGUGUUCUGUUUGUAUUAACUUUGAGGUGCUUAUCGGUCACGGCCUAUGGGUAAGAACACCCGUUUUAAUCACAUAAUCAUGUUGCAGGCAUGCAGCCUAUCACUGUGUUUAACCUGCAACAUAAUUUCUUCAGAGGUCCAAUCACAGUUUUCCUUUUCCGGGUCCAAUUGUUUUGUGCAAUGCUGCCGAGUGGACCAUCACACCAGGCAAUGUGUACAUAAUGUAGAAGCCAUGCACUAACUUCACUUAAAAAGAAUAUCCCUGUUUAUCUCUAUCAUGUUGUGUAGUAGGACAUGCAGGUGCCUGUUUAUUUAUAAUGAAGGUCCUGUCUUUUUUUUUUUAACUAUGUUUAUAACAGAAAGGUACUUCUCUGAUGCUAUGUGUUCAUUCAGUCCAUCUCAGUUCAGCCUGGAAAGCUGAAUAUGUUAAAACAAAGGUCAAAAGAGUGACCCUGGCUCACCAGAUCUCAUUUAAGUGCCUGGUAAAUGAAGGAUUAUCUUUACUGUUUCCCUUUUUACAUUAUCUAAUCAAAUGGCCUUUGUUUAUGAACUUGUUUUUUUAUACGUUGUUUUUAGUGUAAUGUUUUUAUGAAUGCUAGGACUCACACCUAGACCUCCUUUUUUAUCUGCUUCAGCAAAUGUUCACAAUAAUCACAGAUAUAUACUAAAGUAUACAUGCUGCUGUCAAUAAAGGUUCACAGUGUUUUUA